CGAGGUGAAGCCUUUGCUCAGUUAAUAAAAGAAUAUGGUGUAAUGGUUCGGUAUCAUUCGAUAUUGAAUCAACCUCACGUAUUGAUUUCCGAUCCAAAACUUAUCCAACAAAUAUUGAUAACUCGUUCAUAUGAUUUUCCAAAUUUCUUUUUAAGCAGAAAUUUGGCAAAAGAUUUAAUCAGCGAAAGCGUCUCAUUUGCUGAAGGUGAUGAUCAUAAACGACAAAGAAAAGCUUUGAGUCCUUCAUUCUCUUUUGCCAAUGUUAAGGAAAUGGUUCCAACAUUUUUUAAAGCCGCCCAUCAAAUGAAAGAUAUUUGGUUGAAACAAAUUGGUAAUAAGAAUGAGGAAAGAAUUACGAUUACUGAGUUAAUUCCAAAAAUAAUUUUAGAUGUUAUUGGCCUUGUUGGAUUUAAUUAUGAAUUUAAUGCUACUACUUCACACUCUGAAUUAGCUCGAGCAUAUCAUUCAGUAGUUAAUAAUAUGCCUCAUGUUUUAUACGUGUUUCUUGCCGACUAUCUUCCAUCCGUCAGAAGAAUUCUUCCAGCUUUUUAUAAAGAUCAAUAUUGGAAUUCUGUUCAACUUAUUCAUGGUAUUGCCAAUAAGCUAGUUACCAGGCUAAUAAAUUCUAAUGUUUGGGGAAAUGAUUUAAUGUCUGUAUUAAUACAAACGAACGAGAAUUUACCUGCUAGUGAGCAAUUAACAUUUGAUGAAAUACGUAGUCAGGUCACUAUAAUACUCACAGCUGGACAUGAAACAACUAGUGUUACUUUAUCUUGGGCACUAUACUAUCUUGCAAAAAAUUCUAAGGCUCAGGAUCGUCUUCGUAAAGAAAUACUUGAUGUAUUUACAGAUCGUAAUUAUUUUCCAACUAUUGAAGAAAUUGAUCAUUUAGAAUAUUUAGAAUGUGUCUUUAAAGAAACUUUAAGGCUUGCUCCACCUUUACCUGAACUCAUGCGUUCUACCGUGAAAGAUGAAAUUAUGAAUGGCUACGUUAUUCCAAAGGACACUCCAUUGGCUAUCCCUAUCUACGCAAUCCAACGUGAUCCUUUAAUUUGGGGUGACGAUGCUGAAAAUUUUAACCCGUCUCGGUGGCUUGAUCCAGAAAUAAAAUCAAAAAUAUCAACUAGUCAUUACUUCCCUUUUAGUGCUGGUCGAAGAGCUUGUCCAGGAAAUAAAUUGGCUCUUUUAGAACUUAAAAUGAUUUUACCUAUAAUUAUUAGAAACUUUAAGUUUAGAAUAGUUGAAGGAUUUACUUUUGAAAAUAGAACACAAGGUCUUUCUAAACCUGUUCCUGGAAUUGAUUUGUUGGUUUCAAAAGUCGAUUCUGGUUCGGGAUGGCGCUCGACCUGUGACACAAGAGUUCGGUCUAAUACAACACAAAUCCAAAAUCAAUCCCUAAAUGGAAGGCGUCGAUUGAGGCGUAGAAAGACUUGGUCCGAGUUUAGGGCUGGUGACACUUGCGAUGA